AUGGCUGGAAACCAGGCUUCAUGCUUCUUUUAUGUCAACAUCAUGGAAGCCGACAAUUUACCACCAGAGGCCAUUUGUCCCGAAAACGUUACCGGCACUGCACAGCCCGGUAGUAGCUACGCAGCGGUGAAUUUUACUCCUCCUGUAGCCACCGACAACUCGGGCAUGGCAAGUCUUGUUAGCAUUUCUUCAGAGCCCGGGAGUAACUUCACCGUCGGCACAACCGUUGUAACGGCUACCUUCCAGGAUCCUACGGGAAACAGCGCUUCAUGCUCUUUUGCUGUCGUCGUUGAUGGCGAAAACUCAACCGUCACUGUGAGUGAUCUUGGUAAUGAUUUCCUCGAACUGACGUGGACCAACGACAUCAGCAUGGACAUCAUCGCCUACACCAUUUUAUUGGGAGAUACCGACGGUGCAGUGAUUGAGAGACGAAGCUUUGCGCCAUCAAUGACCAUGAUCACUCAACGGUUUGAGCAGCUUACACCGGGAACGCAGUACACAAUAGAUAUUGAUGCUGUUAUCAGCUCUACUAUGACAAUGGUUUACUUUGCCGGUUUGAGCGUUGUAACAAGACCAAAGACUGCAGUCAAUUUUACCGUGUAUGAACUCAGUGACUCCUCAUACUUCUUCCGGUGGGACUCUCCUGCCCUUCCCGACAACUUCUUCAUCGACUACAUCUUGAGGUACAACAGUUCGAUCUCUUCAACCGACGAAGUAAACCUUCUACCACCAAGACAGAGCCAUGGCAUGGGAGGACUAAUACCCGGAUCAUUUUAUGCCUUUGAAUUUUUCACCAGCAUCGGACCGACGCUGAGUACUCCUUCAGAUGUUUUGAGAGUUCCCCAAGGCACACAAGCUGGUAUGGUAUUUCGGGCUGUAACUGCACAGGAAAUGGAGGUGUCCGGUACUCCUCCUACAGACAUGGCACGCAUUCAACUGUUCAGUGAUGACGGACUGGAGGAACUUGAAAGGACAGUAGAUCCUGGCACCACAUCAUCGGUCUUUUCAAAUCUUCGCCCCGACACAAUAUACACAAUGAUUGUCGUAUCAGAUGAUGCAGUUGUUUCUUCAGAUACCCGAAAGACAAAUCUUCUUGAUGGAAUUUCUGCAACCAUGGUCACUUCCGACUCAGUUCAACUGACAUGGAACGUAGUGGGAACGGCAACGUCUUACGAAAUUUCAUUCAUAAGUCAGGAUACGACGACUGCAGAACUUAACACGUCUAUCUCGGCGGGUCAGUCUAUGGCCUUAGUUCAGAAUCUACAACCUCAGACGCUGUACACCUUCUCUAUUGUUGCUGUCAUUGGGACAACACGAAAUAAUGUUGGUAGUGUGACUACUGCCACAGAAAACGCAAAUGAAUCUCCCGUCUUGAGCAACUGCCCAAAUGACACAGCCGCCGUACUGCCAGAUACAUCAUCGUUCGUGUCUGUGACGUGGACACCACCAACUGCAACAGAUGAUGAUGGGACGCCUACAGUGUCUUCAACUCAUCAACAAGGCAGUCUGUUUGAAUAUGGGCUAACAUAUGUUACAUACACAGCUGUGGAUACUGAGGCUCUCACUGCCAAUUGCUCGUUCACUGUCAAUGUGACAGAUACAACACUUCCGGUUAUCAACAAUUGCCCAGGAACAGUACCUGCCCUGUUAAUACCAGGUGACAGUUUGGUUGAGGUGUUGUGGACUGUGCCAACGGAAGGAGACAAUUCAGGAUUCGUCACUUUAAUGUCAACACACAGCCCUGGUGCAGCAUUUCCUCUCGGAGACACACCAGUUACCUACACCGCUGUGGACGCAGCAGGGAAUACCAUGGCAUGCAUCUUCAACGUAUCGGUAACCCCAGAUCCUAGCAAUCAGCCGCCAGUUCUGUCCGAUUGUCCGAUGAACUUGGUAGUAGCUCUGCCUGCUGCCUCGCCCACUGUGAAUGCAUCAUGGACCCCACCCAAUGCUACGGACGACAAUGAUAUCCCGCAGGUGUCUUCGACGCACCAACCAGGAAGUGCAUUCGAGUUCGGAUCAACAGUAGUCACCUACACUGCAACAGACUCCGAGAACCUUACGGAUACAUGCACUUUCACUGUAAUGGUUGGAGAUAACACUGAUCCAGUGCUAGCUGACUGUCCAGUAGUAGAAAGUCCUGUAGCCCAAGAAGGGGAGACAUCGGCUCGUGCAUUCUGGAGUCCGCCGACAGCCACUGAUAAUUCUGGCAUGGUGACCGUCAGCUCAAACUCUACUCCAGGAGACAGCUUCCCUAUUGGAUCUACUAUUGUUGAGUACACGGCUACCGAUGCAGCUGGCAACAACGUAUCGUGUAAUUUCACAAUCGUUGUUAGAGCAUAUCCAGAUGAUCCCAUUCGUCUUGUGGAUUGUCCACUUGGAGUGAAUGCCACCUUACCAAUGUCCUCAAGUCAGGUAGCAGUGUCCUGGACACCACCUUCUGUAGCAGGUGGCAAUGGACAGACAUCACUGACAUCUGACGCCCAACCAAAUGAUCCCUUCCGCUAUGGUGAAACUCGCGUCACGUACACGGCUAUAGAUUCGGAUAGUUUCACAUCAAGUUGUUCUUUCAUAGUAGAUGUAACAGAUGCCACUGACCCGAUGAUAAGUGGAUGUCCACCUCAGGUUACUGGAGAGAUUCCGCAAGGGAGUAUCAAUGUGUCUAUCCCUUGGGUGCCCCCAACGGCAGCAGACAACUCUGGAUCAGUGACGUUGACGUCUACAAGAUUUCCGAACGACGUGUUCUCUGUAGGGACGUUUGAAGUAAUUUACACUGCAACUGACGAAGCAGGGAAUUCUGCUGACUGUAUAUUCCAGGUUGUUGUCACCCAAGCACCAGGCGGCACACCUACUUCGAUGUUCACCAGUUGUCCGUCUAAUGUGACCGGAACAUUACCAUCAACCUCACCUCAGGUGACAGUCGCCUGGGAUGUUCCCAUGGUCAAUGGCACGGCAGCGGUCAGUUCUGACCAUCAGUCAGGGGACAUGUUUGGGUUUGGCCAAACAACAGUCACCUACGAGGCUCGAGACUCGGGUGUACUCGUGGAUACAUGUUCCUUUGUAGUUCAAAUCACAG